UCUGAACCCAUCCGCAAUAAGAAGUUGGACUCCAUGACUGCGCCGUAAGUCAUCUGCCACCCCACACCGCACAAAUUUGAAGCCGGAAGCCUGUCCGCCACAAACAUGGCGACCGACGUGCCCAGUGCUCACAUUCUUCCCCCCAGGACACCGCAGAACACCCCCGCAAAUGCCGCUCCCAUAUCCUCGCGCGCUCAGCAGCCUGGUGUGGCGAGCAUCAAGGAGGGUGAGUACCAAAAUUCCUGUUCUGCCCCUCGGGCCCCGCGCGAAGGCGCUGACGAGCUUGACCGCUAAUUCGAAUUUUCCGCACACAGAGGAAAUGGAUCGCACUGCCGCCGGACUCUUCGCUGCGAACCCCGCCCUCGUCUCCAUGAUGCAAGCGAAGCUCAGUACCUUGGUGGGUAGGUCAAGUGGCUACAUCGAGUCGCUUCCCGUCUCCGUCCGCCGUCGCGUUGCCGGCCUGAAGGGCAUCCAGAAGGAGCACUCCAAGCUCGAGGCCGAAUUCCAGGAGGAGGUCCUACAGUUAGAGAAGAAGUACUUCGCCAAGUUCACACCUCUGUACCAGAGCCGCGCACAGAUUGUAAACGGCGCGACCGAGCCGACCGACGCGCAGGUCGAGGUUGGCGAGAAGAAGGAUGAGGAGGACGAGGAGCCCACUCCGGAGGAAGAGGUCAACAAGGACGAGGGCAAGGACGUCAAGGGUAUCCCAGAGUUCUGGCUGAGCGCGAUGAAGAACCAGAUCUCGCUCGCGGAAAUGAUCACCGACCGGGACGAAGCCGCCUUGAAGCACCUCACCGAUAUCCGCAUGGAGUAUCUCGACCGACCUGGCUUCCGCCUCAUCUUUGAGUUCGAGGAGAACGAGUUCUUCACCAACAAAACCAUUACCAAGACAUACUUCUACCAGGAGGAGAAUGGUUACGGUGGCGACUUCAUCUACGACCACGCAGAGGGCGACAAGAUCGACUGGAAAUCGGGCAAGGACUUGACUGUCCGGGUCGAGAGCAAGAAGCAGCGAAACAAGAACACCAAGCAGACUCGCGUUGUUAAGAAGACCGUUCCGACAGAGUCGUUCUUCAACUUCUUCGACCCGCCCAAGCCCCCGACGGAUGAUGAGGACGCUUCCUCUGAUAUUGAGGAGCGUCUCGAGCUUGAUUAUCAGCUCGGCGAGGAUAUCAAGGAGAAGCUCAUCCCGCGAGCCAUCGACUGGUUCACGGGUGAGGCUCUCCAGUACGAGAACAUUGACGACUUUGACGAGGGCGAGUAUGAGGAUGAGGACGACGAGGACGAGGAUGAGCUCAGCGACGACCGAGACGAGGAUGACGAGUCAGACGAAGAGGUAUGCUAGUCUUCCUGCACGUUGGCAUCGGAUACUGAUAAGUAUAGGGUGACGGCACAAAACCUAAGCAGGAGGCCGCCGAGUGCAAGCAGAGCUAAAUAUCGGCUUACGGACUCGACAUCAAAGGCUAAAGCUAAAGGAUUUACGGCUUGAUUCCCUUCGAUCUAGAUGCCGGCAUCAUGGUACAUUUGGUGGCUUCGCGGCUGUCGGGUGUUGAAGCUCCCUGACUCUUGUUUCCUUAAUCAUCCCCUAUCGUUCCUCCAUUGUCCCAUACCGACGCUGCUUUUCUCUCCUCACCGGGUAAUGCUUCGACGAAGCCACAUCAACCGGAGGU